CGACUCUCACUUCGUUCUCAUCCCCACGGUACUCUGCAUACGGCUACCGUUACCUCGAUGUUGGUCGUACAUUGCUCUGGUCAGCCCUAUGAGUACACAGAUCGGCCUCACCCAUGGCCGCGCCGCCGCCGCCCAAGUCGCCUCCUGCAUCGAUUUCUACCGCGCCUUCUUCGAGCGGUCGGCGCAGCUGGGCUGGGAGCGCGUCUGCGAGGAGGCGGCGAAGUUCUUGCCAUAUCUCGGGAGGGAGUGGGCGGGGUAUGUGGAGGAAAUGAGGGGUCUAGCCGAAGGCGCUGGACAGCCCUUUCUAUCUAUUCUGGCACUCAAUGUACGCACGGAGAUUGCGUACGGAAUGGAGAAGAAGAAAGAGAACGAUGGAUGCACGGCGCUGAGCUAUUACGCUGACGGGAGCGCUUACCUGGCGCAGAACUGGGACUGGCUCCCCUCGCAAAAGGCGAACCUCGUCGCCUGCCACGUCGCCCAGCCCGGCAAGCCCUGCAUUAGCAUGAUCACCGAAGCAGGGAUCAUCGGCAAAAUCGGGCUCAACGACCGCGGCGUCGGCGUCACGCUCAACGCCAUCCGCGCCGUGGGCGUCCGCUUCGACGCGCUGCCGACGCACUUGGCGCUGCGGGCGGCGCUGGAGGCGGGGUCGCGCGCGCAGGCCGCGGAGAAGCUGGAGGCGGCUGGCGUGGCGGCGGCGUGCCACAUACUCGUUGCGGAUGGGAGUGGGCCGGCAAUAGGCCUUGAAUGCACGACAAAGGAUGUUGUGCGGGUGGAGGACAACGGCGGCCCGGGGUGUGUGGUGCAUACCAAUCACUUCCUGGUGCCGCACAAAGGGCUCGAUGAUCCAUGCAUCUUGUGGAAAGAUUCGGUGCCACGGCUCGAGCGCAUCAAGGUGUUGGUAGGGCAGGCAAAGGCGAAGGGGGAGGUGAAGAUGGAGGAUAUCGAGUUGAUGCUGGAGGAUGAGGGGGGUUUCCCGACGUCGAUUUGCCGGGAGGUGGACCCGAAGAAGGAGUGGACAAGCUCGACACUAUUCAGUAUCGUGAUGGACCUGAAGAGGGGGGAGGCGCGUGUGCGCAAGGGGAGGCCUGUGCGGGCGGAAGGCGAACUUUUGUUGAAGCCAGCUUCCUUGCAAUCAUGAAGUUUUGCUGUUCAUAUGCCGUAUGCGUGUGUG